CUUCGAACCGGCCCAAAAAAACGACCCUUUUGGGCCCCUCCUUCAAUCCAUUUCAGCACAUAGGUUCGCUGGAUCGGAACAGGUCGAACCUGUGGAUCGUGUGGUUCGACCCGCUCCUAAUGGCCGCCGCACAUGGUGCCGGCGGAAGCGGAGGCGGGGAUCCAGCAGGAGGCACCGGCGGAGGCGGGGACCGAGCAGGAGGAGGCACCGGUGGAGGCAGGGACCCAGCAGGAGGUGCCGGCGGGUACGGGGACCGAGCAGGAGGCGUCGGCGAAGACUGUGCCGUUGGCGACUGCGGCGCCGGCUACGGUCAAGAAGAAGUGGAACCUCCCCGGGAUGCCAGAUCUGGACGCCGAGGUCAUCGCACUCUCGCCGGGGACGCUGCCGGCCACGAACCACGCGGCACUCGCUCGCCGGCGCCAUCCUGCUCCCGCCCUCCUCCUCCCAAGUGGAUUCAAGAGAAAAAGAACUCCUCGUCAAACUAAAAUGCCUGAAGCUGAAAGAGCACAAGUGGCAGAACAAGUGUUUGUUGGUAAUGAGGCUGAAGAGGAUGUGGGUUUGGAUCAAAGUGUUGGUUUGGAUGCUCAAAUGGGUGAGGGUUGGUCACAGCAUGCUUAUGGAGGUGAAGAUUCAGAUGACUUUGACAGAGGUUAUACCAUUGAGGGGGUAAUCGAGCCACAUAUGAUUAACGGAUUCCUGCAUGGUGAAGAAAAUAGACAGUUCAGAUCAAAGGUUUGGGAUGAGUUCACAAAAAUCCGUGUUGGCGGUGUAGUCACCAAAGGACGGUGCAUGCACUGUAACGCAGAGAUUAGUGCUAAGCGUGGAGCGGGAACCAGUGCUAUGGCCACACACUUGAGGCGGUGCAAAGCUAGGAUGAGUGUGAAUCGAGUUGUGAAUCAGCUAAAGUCUACUGUUAUGUAUCCAGAGGGAAUAGCUCUGAAAGAUUGGAGAUUUAACCAAGAUACCUCUAGGAAAGAGCUGCUUCGAAUGAUAUCACUUCAUGGAUUUCCUCUGGCUGUUGUGGACUAUGAUGGUUUUAGAAGGUUUGUGUCAAGCUUAAAUCCUGUGUUCAAAAUGGUCUCUAGGAGGACAAUCACAGAUGACUGCUCAAAGAAGUAUCAGGAAGAAAAACAAGUUCGGCUAGAUGUUUUGAAGAAUGUCAAGGGCAGAGUUUCACUAACAAUGGACAUGUGGACCUCUAACCAGACCUUGGGAUAUAUGUGCAUCACAUGCCACUUCACUGAUGAUGAUUGGAAGAUACACAAGCGAACUUUGAAGUUCCCAUUCAUGAAGACUCCACACACGGGUGUUGCCAUAUUCAAUGUUGUUUUGAGGUUUCUUCAGGAAUGGAACAUCGAAGAUAAGCUAUUUGCAGUCACAUUGGAUAACGCUAGCAACAAUAAUACUAUGAUGAAGCUAUUGAAGUCCAAUUUGUUGGAGAAAAAAAUGUUGUUGGGAAAAGGGAAGUUGCUGCAUCAGAGAUGUGCAGCACACGUGCUGAAUCUGAAUGCAAAGCAGAACUUUAAAUCAUCAAUCCAAUUGUGCACAAGAUAAGGGAAAGUGUAAAGUAUGUUCAGGGGUCCACUUCACGGAAGCAGAAAUUUGAAGAAAUCAUUCAGCAGCUGUCUCUCUCUUGUGAGAAGCGCCCAAAGGUUGAUACAUGUACACGUUGGAAUUCAACAUAUCUUAUGUUGAAGAUUUCUUUUAAGUUGAGGAGAGCUUUUGACUCAUUGGGACAACAAGAUCAAGAAUAUACCUUUGCACCUACAUCUGAAGAGUGGGAAAAGUCCAGAAAAGUACGGAAGUUGUUGAAGAUCUUCUUUGCUGCCACCACAGUUGUCUCAGGAACACUAUCCAACAGCAAAUUUACACUUUCAUGAGAUUUGGGAAAUCAGAUUGGUUUUGGAGAACCAAGUUCCUGAAGCAGAUGCAGAACUUGCUGAGACAAUUCAAUAUAUGCAAAGAAAUUUCAGAAGGUACUGGAAAUUGACGUGGCUGCAAAUUGCAUUUCGUGUCAUCUUUGAUCCACGUUUCAAGCCUAAAUUCAUUGAUUUUCGUUUGAAACAAGCCUUUGGGAGUGAUGCUGAGGCAAAGAUUGAAAUUGUGAAGAAGACCUUGCUAGAUCUGUUCAAGGAUUACUCAGAUAGUCAAGAAACAACACAAGCUCCUAGUGUUACAGUACAGACAAAUGCAAGUGGAAGAUAUGCUGAUUGGGAUAACCAUGUCAAUCUCAAUACCCAACCUACCAAUGAGGUACCUUCUGAGCUAGAAUCUUACUUAUCAAACCCAGCCAUACCACGAAGUGAUGGAUUCUUCGAUAUCCUGGGUUGGUGGAGGAGCAAUGCGCUGGAGUAUCCAACUCUGUCCCGAAUGGCUAGAGAUGCUUUGGUGGCCCCUGCUUCAUCAGUUGCAUCCGAGUCAGCAUUCAGCCAUGCGAAGAGACUUAUCUCAGAUUUUCGAAGCCGCUUAUCUCCAAAGACCGUGGAGGAAUUGAUGUGCUUACAGGACUGGUUCCGUGCUUCUGGUUCAACCAAAUUUAGCAUGGAGUCGAUUGAUCGUUGUCUUCUGGAUGAAAGCAAUGAAUUGUGAAGGAGGAGAAGGAGUUCAUUUGCAGGUUAGCACCAGGAGUGCAAAGGGACACACAUGCCCAUAUCAAGGCUUUGAGAAGUUGUAAAUUAAACCAUGUCAAGUCUGUUACAAGGCUGCAGUAGUGUGCAGCACUUGACUGAUCUACUUUGAGAAGUUGUGAACUUUUGUUCAGAGGAGCUUGUCUUUCCACUGCAGUUCAAGUCCAAAGCAUAGAAACUUUUGUUUUUAUUUAUUGAACUAGUUACAGUUCAAGUCCACUGCAGUUGUGAUCUUGCAUUGAA